AUGGACCGCAACGAAAUCUGUGAUAUCGAGGACCGCGUGGCACGUUGGUUAUGGGUCGUCAAAUACACCGAGAUUCGAAGAACGAAACUCUGCAAGUGGGUGUCUAAUUUUCACACUGAACAGCUGGAAUGUCGAAUCGAUGGUCCUGACGCAAGCUUCGACAAACGCGGAUCCUAUAACAUCGUCUGCAAGGUAAUUUUUGACAAGACGGGCGAGGUUUGGGCGGUGCGUUUUCCCCAACUCGGCAAGGGGCUGAUCUCCGAUGAGAAAGUUAUGUCUGAAGUUGCAGCGAUUGAGACUGUUCGCAAACAUACUGAUAUUCCCAUGCCUGAGAUCAUAAGAUGGGGAUUAUCAGAAGACAACGACCUUGGGCUUGGACCCUUCAUCAUCAGCACUUGGGUAGAUGGCAUCAGCCUGGGAGACGUCCUCGCCCUGCCUGAUAACGAUAGAAUGCUACGAGGCGAUCUCUCUGAUACUACUAUCGAACAUGUUUGGCGGCAGAUUGCUCACUUCAUGUUCCAAUUGUCCUGUAUAGAUUUCGACCACAUCGGGAGCUGUUCAGCGAUACCACAACGCCCACUGACUAUCAAGUCAAACCACAUAUUGGAGUCAGGUGGCGUGGACAUCUCUUGUCCUGCUAGCACGACUUUCACUUCCUCCAUUGACUAUUUCAAACACAUCGCUGACCACGAUCUACGGCAACUACACGAGCAACUAAACUCUGUCGAUGAUGAAGAAGACGCAAGACGGAAAUACAUCAACUGGACUGUCUUCCGCCGACUCAUUCCUCGGUUCGUCCAUCUUGACAACGGUCCUUUCAAACUCAUCUGCGACGAUUUCGGUCCGUUCAACAUGAUGGUGGACAACGCCGAAGAUCUCAACAUCGUUGCAGUUCUAGAUUGGGAGUGGUCGUAUGCUGGUCCGCAAGAGCUCUUUUGGUCACCACCUCUGUGGCUGCUCGGGCAACCUCCAGCUUCAUGGGAAGAUGGCCACGAUGAUUCACGCUUGUCGAGGUAUAACAAAUAUCUGGAUAUUUGGAUCAGAGUAAUUCAAGAGGAAGAGCAAAAGGUGCUGGACAUUAGCACCGGCGACGACCAUGACAAGGAGCUGCCUUCUGUUCUACUCCGGAAGCAACGACAAGACGGUUCAAUGUGGUUUUAUCACAUCAUGCAAGAAGCCUUUAAUGGGCCAAAUUCUAUACCAUUCAGUCGUCUACGAGAAGCUGUUCCUGACUUUGAGGAGUUAACUGUUGCGGUCUCCAAGGAAGAUACAGAGGCUUUUGUCAAGAUGAAGAUGGAGCAUAAAGACCGUUACGAGAAGGAUCUGGCUGAGAUCAAGGAACGAUAUCGUGGUGUGCCAUACAUGCAAGGAUAA